AUGCGAACCUGCUUGGCAGGCUGACCCCUCCCACUGUGAGCUCAAUGUGAGGCAGCAUUUGAGGGGACCAACCCCAGCACACGUCUGGGAGGAAGGCUGAGCAAGGGAGGGGCUCUGUUGCUGAUCUCUUCUUCUUGGUCAGACACCUCCCCAGCCACACACAAGCUGGAUGUGGCGUGCAUGACUUCCUCAUUAUGCAACACCCUGAGAUGACAGAGGUGCUCACACCAGUCUUGUGCGGAAAAAACUUGAAGUUCUUAGCCCUUAAGGCCAGGGCAGAACCUGACUCCUCUGUUUCAGCCCUAUGCAGCCAGCCUCUAAAGCUCCUUACUUCCUUUUUGAGGGUGCCAAGGUGGAGUGAGGGGCCAGGGGCAGCGGAUCUGCUAACAACGCCAUGGUCAUGGACGAGAAAGUCAAGGAGCGCUUUGUGCUGGACACGACUUCUGCCGUCUGCAGCUACGACGCCCGCUAUAAGGACCACCCCAAAUACUGGUGCCGAGGCUAUUUGCGGGACUUCUGCAGCAUCAUCGCCUUCGCACCCAACAGCACCAACCGUGUGGCCCUGAGGGACACAGGAGACCAGCUCAUUGUCACUGUGUCCUGCCUGAGCAAGGAGGAUGUGGGCUGGUACUGGUGUGGCAUCCAGCGAGACUUUGCCAGAGAUGACAUGGAUUUUACAAAGCUUCUUGUGACUGACAACAGAAGAGCCCACGCCAACAGCUUUUGGCCUGGGAAAGACCUAUCAGGCAACAAGAACAGAAGCUGCAGGGCUUCCAGAGUUGUCGACAAGGCAGAUCACUUCAGGAUGUCCAUCUUCCUUAUCUGUAUACUGAUCACAAGCUUGGGGUCCAUCUUCGUUAUCAGUCAUCUGUCCAAACGGAGGGGAAGUCGACGGACUAGAAGGGUGAUCGCAGGUAAAGGCUUAGCUGGAAGCCAGAAAACUAGCCAAGCUGCUUCUGGGAUCCCCAUGCCUCUGGUAAGUUCCCUCCUUGGCUCUGUGUCCUGAGUCCUGUGCCCAUGGCUCCCUGAUCUUUAGGGCUCCCCAUUCCUAAAGGGAGGAACUAUGUGCAGAAGGGGCCAUGUGGAUCAGUCCACCUGUCCUUUGGGGCAGCAUCAGAGGAGGCCAGAUCCUCAAGGCCACCACGUGGUGAGUCCGAUAGGCUCUCAGGUGGACUCGGGGUAGAGAGACCAGACACAGGUGCCGCUGUUUGGUUAAACUGGGUUUGUUUCCUUUUUAUGCUCAGAAGUCACAGAAAUGCCCUGGGCAGCGGAGAGCCUGUAGGCACAAUUACAAAACAGACUCCAGCCUCCUCAGGGCAUGGAAAUGUAAAACAUAACAUUUUAGAGAAUGAGAGAAAACAAACACCCGUUAAUGAAACACAAGGGCCUGUAGCCAGAAGAAUCUGAAAUCCAAAGCUAAGGCUGCAAAAGGUGUCACACUUUCCUGGUGAUAAUGUGGCCCUUGGCUAGAGCAGGAGCCCUGAGAAAUCAAAGCAGUGGCUCCCCCGGCACCCCUGGCCUUCUGCGCUCUGAGAGCUGUGGGGGCUGUGGACGUCUUGCUCAGUUUUGCCCAAGACCACUCCUUUUGGGACACAACGGUAGUCUAGGUUUUUGCAAAAACCAUCAUCACUUCUUUAAGGCAUGACCUCGGGCAGCCUGUUACAUCUCUGGGCCUGUUUUCUUCUCUAUAAAUUGAGGACCCCUUACUCCCCAGUAUUGUUCGUUCAUUCAUUCAACAAACAAGGAUGAUGGCGGAUGCUGGGAUACACAGCUGAGUCAAAGAAACAGCGUCAGUCUUCAUGGCGCUUGCAAUGCAGAGUGGGAGGCAGACGAGCCAUCUCAGACACACACACACACACACACACACACACGCACACACAGGAAAUUGACAACUAGAGUAAGUACUCUAUAAGAGAGACGGACGGUGCUAUGAAAGUUGAGGCAAUGGAACCCAACCCUCUUCUUUUUUUAGCAAGGAGUUGUACCACCUGGUUUAGUCAUGACCUGCUCCCUCACACUCAGGCAGUUGAAAGAUGCAGCCUGAAUCAAGGUCCCUUCUGGGUCCUGAAGGAGUCCAGCUGCAUUCACAUCACCAGAGCUUGGUGAGAGGUGAAUGCAAGCCCCGCCCACCAAGCUUUCCCGCUGACUGACUAAUAAGCUUUGAUGCAAUGGCAUCUGAUUUCGGCCUUGAAAACAAAUUUUGGUGUUUGGUCCCUGUGAAGUCCCCAAGACAGGGUUUAAAAACUUUUGCUGCAGAAGCACCCAGCAUAGAUCUCAACUCAAUCUUCUUUUUCUAUUUCCAACAAAGUAGGCAACUCUUUGAAGCCCCUCUCACAUGUCCUGACUCCAAAGAAGACGGCUCAUAACUCGACAGAAGUUUUCUUUUAUUUAGUUCAUAAAUAAAGUGAUGCUACAAUACAAUCACUGUGACAACUGGCCCACAUUGCGGGGAAUAAUUCUGAUCUCAGGCAUUCCUGAAGUCCCCUCUAACCUUGACAGCAAUCAUUUGCAGCUAGGUUAGAACGGUGACCGCCAGAGGGGCUCUGCUGGGCCGCCCCUGGGCAAGGCCAGAGUCGGAUAACAUCUCGAGAUCUUAGUUCUCGCGCAGUCGGCUAAUCAGAAGUGAAGAAGAGUGUCAGAUGUUGGCCGGGGGCCAGGAUAUCACCUGUGUUUUAUUUGUUAGCCGGUAAAUUUCUGACCCAGUGUUGAAUGAACUCCAGGGUAUGACUAGCUUCUCUCAGGGUUUCACUGGAAAAGUACUUCCGGAAAAGCUUCUGUUAAAGGAUAAUAUUCUAAUUUAUCUCUCAAUCGGUAUUACUUGCUCUUCUACCAAAGAAAGGGAGGGAGGCUAGACCAAGGGUUCCCAGAGGCUCUUGGGGCAAAGACUCUCUCCUAUGUGAGAAAAUGCCACCAGGCUGAGUGGAUGCCGAUUUUGAUCAAUGAGAAACCAAAGUGUGAUAAAUGAUGUGAAAUAUUCAUUCACAUCAGGAAACACAGAUUGAGAUAGGGCAUCCACAGUGGUGGGUGCAAGUGAGGUGAAAUCGUAAUUAGCGAAAAAAUUACCAAAACUCCCAGGUCCUACUCGCAUGCCUACAUCCUCUCUCCCCAGGGAGUGUCUCUCCUGCUAUUUCAGGGAGAUCUUAGGGUCUCCCCACCUCUGCCUCUGCUGCCCUCAUAAAAACCCUGCUCUUCCAGCCCCUGCUAAAAGGAUGCUGGCCAGUCUCAGUGCUCAGGACACUCACCUGGCCCCCUGUCUGAGCAGGGCUGGAACAGGGAUCCUGGUUCUUGACACAGUUCUGCAUAUGUCCUGCACGUUUAGGUCCAGGCUCUCACAAAGUCUUUCAUGAACACAGUUCCUUUGACUUUCCCCUAACCCCUCUCCAUGGGGUAGGGUAGGGAAUACAAAGCUAUUCACCAGUCUGAUGGGAAGAGGGGGGACUGUGGGUGCUGACCCAUUCCUGCCAUCCUCCGUGUUUCCACCCAGCUGGCCCCCCCACCUCCCAGAGUCUUAGAUCAAACAACAUCAAAAGCGCUGUCUCUUCCCUCAGCCACAGAACAGCCCCAACCCCUCCCCUGUGGCCAUGUAUUGAAUUUACAUAAAGGAGCCACUAGCCCACCGGCUCUGCAAAGAGCAGUCCAGUCUGGGCUUGGUUAGGACAUCCUACCACACAAGGCAAGAGAGCAGACCUCCAUCUUUCACGACAGAUGAAGACAUCCACAGACAUCCUGGAAGACUUAACACCUACUAGCUAAAAACUGUUUCCCCUGAGAAUCCUACAGGUUCUGGUUCCGUGAUCCAGGAUUCUACAGCCCCUUUUCUCCCCACACCUAACAAAGACUGCUUGAAUCUAUGGUCAAUUAUUUAAGUUACUCAUUUCAUCCUCCUGCAAAGCUAGCUGCACGCCAGUUUUCACGAUGGGGAGACAAAAAAAACAA